CUCUUUCAACGGCUCGCUAGACAGAAGCUUACAAAAAGGCGCGUAGUAAAGAUUAAAUAUAUGUUUACAAGUGAUCUUGAUUAAUUUACUCGGAAACUCGAUUUUAACAUGAGGGAGAUUGUUCAUCUGCAGGCCGGUCAAUGUGGAAAUCAGAUCGGUGCCAAGUUUUGGGAGGUUAUCAGUGACGAGCAUGGAAUAGACCCAACAGGCACUUACCAUGGAGAUAGCGAUCUGCAGCUUGAGAGAAUCAACGUCUACUAUAAUGAGGCAACAGGUGGCAAGUAUGUUCCUCGUGCCAUUCUAGUUGAUCUGGAGCCUGGCACGAUGGACUCUGUCCGCUCUGGACCAUUUGGCCAAAUAUUCAGACCGGACAACUUUGUCUUUGGACAGAGUGGUGCAGGUAACAACUGGGCAAAGGGCCAUUACACUGAGGGAGCAGAGCUGGUAGACUCUGUCCUGGAUGUGGUGAGAAAGGAAGCCGAGAGCUGCGACUGUCUUCAGGGUUUCCAGCUCACCCACUCCCUUGGAGGCGGCACGGGCUCUGGUAUGGGUACCCUGUUGAUUAGCAAGAUCCGUGAGGAGUACCCUGACCGCAUCAUGAACACCUUCAGUGUGGUGCCCUCCCCCAAAGUGUCAGACACCGUGGUGGAGCCCUACAAUGCCACCCUGUCUGUGCAUCAGCUAGUGGAGAACACUGACGAGACUUAUUGCAUCGACAACGAGGCCUUGUAUGACAUCUGCUUUCGCACUCUGAAGCUGACGACUCCCACUUACGGGGACCUCAACCACCUGGUGUCAGCCACCAUGAGUGGUGUCACCACCUGCCUGCGCUUCCCCGGCCAGCUCAAUGCCGACCUACGUAAGCUAGCUGUCAACAUGGUCCCAUUCCCCCGCCUGCAUUUCUUCAUGCCAGGCUUUGCCCCCCUCACCAGCAGAGGUAGCCAGCAGUACAGAGCGCUGACGGUGCCCGAACUCACCCAGCAGAUGUUCGAUGCCAAGAACAUGAUGGCCGCCUGCGAUCCCCGCCACGGCCGCUACCUCACUGUGGCCGCAAUUUUCCGUGGCCGCAUGUCCAUGAAGGAGGUGGACGAGCAGAUGCUGAACGUGCAGAACAAGAACAGCAGCUACUUUGUCGAAUGGAUCCCCAACAAUGUCAAGACUGCAGUCUGCGACAUCCCACCCCGCGGCCUCAAAAUGUCCGCUACCUUCAUUGGCAACAGCACGGCCAUCCAGGAGUUGUUUAAGCGCAUCUCUGAGCAGUUCACAGCCAUGUUCCGCCGCAAGGCCUUCCUGCACUGGUACACCGGAGAGGGCAUGGACGAGAUGGAGUUCACCGAGGCCGAGAGCAACAUGAACGACCUGGUAUCUGAGUACCAGCAGUACCAGGAUGCCACCGCCGAGGAGGAGGGCGAGUUUGAAGAGGAGGGAGAAGAGGAUAUGGGUUAGACGGAUAAGAGAUUUUAAAAUCAAUUUCAACUGCAUUCCAUCCCUUGUUUGUUCUUUUAUUAUUUCACUGCACAAAGAGCUGCUGUCAGUGUUUAACCUGUUGUAAUUACAAUAAAUCUUAUCAGCAUUUUCUGAA